AUGGACCCAGAAACAAAGAGGAGAGGAAACUACAGCGAUUGCCAAAUCGAGCAUCUAUGCAGGUUUGUCCAGGGAAAAUGUGCCAUCCUAUUCGGCAAGGCAGGAAACUGCAGCGAACGGGUGCAGGAGAGGAAGAAAAGGGCGUGGGAGGAGGCAGCCAUCACCAUGGCGGCCAUAGGUUGCCCCAACCGGUCGGGCAAGGACUUGAGGUUGUUGUGGAACGACCUCAGGUCAAAGGCCAAAAAAUAUAGAGACAGCCGCAAUAAGACGAGGGGAGGAGCGUUCGACUUCAAUCCAAGGCAUGAGAUGGUGCUGAGUGCCAUGACAAGACAAGUCAAGGAGGGGAUCUUGCCUCAGUCCAGCGAGACUGGAGCUUCAACACUGCCGUUGUCUCAAAAUGCAGGGGCCGUGGAGCUUCUGCAGAGCAUGGGGGAGGAGGCAGGAGCGGUGGAGGAGGAGGUGGAGGGGGAUGAGGUAGAGAUGGUUGAGGAGAGGGAGCCCAGAAGGGGGAAGAUGAAGACAAAAUUUGGUGGAAAAAAAACAGUGAAAAAGUCUAACGGGGUGUCGUACGAAGAGUACCAAGAGCGUCUCCUGCAAGUUGAGCAAGAGAAGCUUGAAGUGAUGAAAAAAAAUCAUGAGUUGUUGAAAAAUAAUCAUGAUUUGAUGAAAAGUAUGCUGACAGUGAUGUAACCCUGAUAUAUAUCCGUAAGCCAUUUAAUUGAUCUAGAUUAGUCAUCUAAAUAUUUUUUGGUAUAAGGUUGAGAAAAUUAUGAUCCUUCCAAGAGUUAAUGGGGGAAAUUGCGGUGCCAUCACAGCCGAUACGCCAGUCGGCUAUCGCUCUGCGGGUGCUGGGCUAGCUGCAGACGGUAGACGGACGCCAUAGCAACGACAGGGCUAUUUUUUUUUGUAAAUCGAGACUUGAAAGAACUUAUUUAAAAAGUUCAUUUAUGGAUAAAAGAUCUCGAAUUAAGGCAUAUAUCUACCGAAAUGGGGUUUUGCCUCAUGAACACUGUACUGGGUAUAUAUUUUAAGGAAUGAAUAUUGGUAAAAAUGUGUGACUUUCUUGCCAAUUCAACCAUGAAAAGUGAAAUGAUCACAUUCACAUAAUUAAUUCAGGAUUUAAAGUCUAAGAUUGGAUCAUAUUCAUGCCAUAAAAACAUUAACAAAAUGAAUAAAUACCUCGUCCCGGAGCUCGCCGAGGGCUAGAGCGACUCUCCGUACCGUUCUUGAUGUAGUGGAGAUGUGGAUGCCAUGGAUGCAGCUAGUACAGUCCAUCACAGAGCCGGUGGCGAAAAAACGAAGAGCGACGAAAACUUGCAAGCUUGGUGGUAAUGCGUGGUUUCUCUGGGUUCUAUGUUGGAUCCUUCUGGAUAGUCUGUUAAUGAGGUGGAGGCAUCCCUGCCUGCUAAACCUAUACAACUUGAACAUUUGUUCGUCGUCGUAUAGGUCUAAGGGAUGCCUCCGGUCCCGAAAUACCCUCUCUCUUCUUAGAGCAGCGGCGUGCUGUAUAGCAUGUAGUAUGGCUGCCAUCUUGGAAUGAAAGCUUACCGUAAUUGAUUGAUGGUAGUUAACGCUACCUUCAUAGCUGUAGUAAAGUUACCGCUGUUUCUGAAGUGCUUACCGCUAAAAAACUACGUUAACUCUUUAUGCAAUGGAAAGUUAACGCUAACUUUAAAUUUAACGCUGUUUCUGGACUUACCGCUAAAUUAGGGGCUUAACGCUACGUUAAAAGUUUUAUGCAACG